CCGGCACUUCCGCCCAGCCGUUGUGUGGCUGCACCGAGGCGGCGACAGAGGGGCUGGCGGAACUGUUGGCGCGGGUGUCGCGGCGGCGGGCUGUGCUGCGGGCCCCAGGGUGCUGAGCAGGGACCAUGGCGUCUCGGGCGGGCCCGCGAGCGGCCGGCACGGACGGCAGCGAUUUUCAGCACCGGGAGCGCGUCGCCACGCACUAUCAGAUGAGUGUGACCCUCAAGUAUGAAAUCAAGAAGCUGAUCUACGUGCAUCUGGUCUUGUGGCUGCUGCUGGUGGCCAAGAUGAGCGUGGGACACCUGCGGCUGCUGUCGCAUGACCAGGUGGCCAUGCCCUACCAGUGGGAGUACCCGUAUUUGCUGAGCGUCGUGCCCUCCCUCCUGGGCCUCCUCUCCUUCCCGCGCAACAACAUCAGCUACCUCGUGCUCUCCAUGAUCAGCAUGGGGCUCUUCUCCAUCGCUCCGCUCAUCUAUGGCAGCAUGGAGAUGUUCCCCGCUGCCCAGCAGCUCUACCGCCACGGCAAAGCCUACCGCUUCCUCUUCGGGUUUUCUGCUGUCUCCGUCAUGUACCUGGUGCUGGUGCUGGCGGUGCAAGUGCAUGCGUGGCAGUUAUACUACAGCAAGAAGCUCCUGGACGCCUGGUUCACCAGCACGCAAGAGAAGAAGCGUAAAUAAAGCCUCCCCAGUGGACUCUGUGGGCGAGGCCUGGGCCUCCCUGGUGGACUCUGUGGGCGUGGCCUGGGCCUCCCUGGUGGACUCUGUGGGCGUGGCCUGGGCCUCCCUGGUGGACUCUCUGUGGGUGAGGCCUAGGCCUCCCUGGUGGACUCUCUGUGGGCGAGGCCUGGGCCUCCCUGGUGGACUGCUCUGUGGGCGUGGCCUGGGCCUCCCUGGUGGACUCUGUGGGCGUGGCCUGGGCCUCCCUGGUGGAUUCUGUGGGCGUGGCCUGGGCCUCCCUGGUGGACUCUGUGGGCGUGGCCUGGGCCUCCCUGGUGGACUCUGUGGGCGUGGCCUGGGCCUCCCUGGUGGAUUCUGUGGGCGUGGCCUGGGCCUCCCUGGUGGACUCUGUGGGCGUGGCCUGGGGUCCCUGAUGGACUCUCUGUGGGCGUGGCCUGGGGUCCCUGAUGGACUCUCUGUGGGUGAGGCCUGGGGUCCCUGAUGGACUCUCUGUGGGUGAGGGGGGUCGAGGACCUGGUCUUAAGUGUCUUCUAGGAAUUUGGCAGCUGUGGUGUUGGCACCUGAAGCCAGCGUGGUCCACAUUCUGGAAAGCCGCUCCCGCUGACACCUGCUGAGGGGCCAAAGUAAAUGUAUUCCUGGUUGACUGGAGCUGAGUGACUGACAGCAGAGAAACCAAUCUAAGCUGGGUCAGGUUAUCCUUAGAAGACUGCGCCUUGCCUGCCCUUGUUUGUUCCCCCCGCCUCCAUCCAUCUCCCCAUAGCCAUCAAGACUGAGGGAGAUGAAGCAUAAAUCCAGUUCCACUUCGGUCUAGGUCAUGGGGCAGGAAACGCUGGGGAAGCUGUUCUUGCAGGCUGUGGUCUCUGCUGAAAGCAUUUUAAGUAAACAGAACCUCAAUAAAGACUGCCCUGGCCACCCUGUGUCUGGGCUCUGAUGCCGUGA